AUGCUCGGAGCCGUUUCUUCAAAUGCAUUCGACACUCUGUAUUCGUAUUCUAAUACUUUUCACGUUCCAUUCGUGACUCCUUGGUUUCCGGAAAAGGUGCUUAAUGCCACGACGGAAGAUUACGCCAUUACUCUAUGGCCGGAUUAUCACAAAGCCAUAAUCGACAUGGUCGUACGUUACGAAUGGGAUAAAGUUAUUUACAUAUACGAUUCGCACGACGGUUUGAUCAGAUUACAACAAAUCGACGAAACGUUAAUAGGACGACAAAAUUUUCACGUGGAAGCAGUCAAAAGAAUAAUUAACGAAACGGAUGCCAUAGAAUUCCUAUUGAGAAUAGAGAAAAUGAACACUUGGGGAAAUAAAUACAUCAUUUUGGAUUGUCCGGCGGAACUCGCUAAAAAAAUUAUUAUAUCUCACGUCAGAAACGAGAGACUCGGAAGAAGAACUUAUCAUUACCUUCUAAGCGGUUUGGCAAGUAGUAUAAUGGAUGAUGAAUGGGAGACCAGCAUACCCUACGGAAGUGUUAACAUAACGGGUUUUAAAAUAGUCGACAGAAAUAGAAAAUUCGUUAAAGAUUUUUUAGAAAUGAGAAGGAGACGUUUUUCGAGUUUAGGAGGAAAUCAAAAUUCAAUAUCGGCUCAAUUUGCACUCAUGUACGAUGCCGUUUUCGUCAUUGUCGAAGCAUUUAAUAAAUUAUUUAAAAAAAAACCGGAAGUCGGAGAAUCUCUUAAACGGGGCCCACUUUUCAAUAACGGAUCACGUUUGGAUUGUUAUGCUAAUUAUAGCAAUAACACGUGGGUGACACCUUGGGAACACGGUGAUAAAAUAUCAAAACAUUUAAGAAAGGUCGAAAUGGAAGGUUUAACCGGCGAUGUUAAAUUUAACGAACACGGAAGACGAAGAAAUUUUACUUUGCAGGUUGUUAAAAUGUCGUUAAACAGCGUUUUGCAAAGGGUCGGAAAUUGGUCGGACGUUUACGGUUUGAGUCUGGAAUUCGAACCGAAAACUAUUAAACCCAUCGAACAAGAAAUCGAUAGAAAUAAAACGUACAUCGUCACAUCCAUCAUUGAAGAACCUUACAUAAUGGCAAAACCCAACGACACCGGAGUGAAAUACGAAGGAAACGAUCGUUACGAAGGUUACUGUAAGGAUUUGGCGGAUUUAGUUGCUAAAAAAUUAAACAUUAAAUACGAGUUAAGAUUGGUCAAAGACAAAGUUUACGGUUCUAAAAAUCAACAUGGAGAAUGGGACGGAAUGGUUGGAGAAUUGAUACGAAAGGAAGCGGAUAUGGCAAUCGCUUCGAUGACGAUCACGUCAGAAAGGCAAAAAGCCAUCGAUUUUAGCAAACCUUUCAUGUCUCUCGGAAUAAGCAUAAUGAUAAAAAAACCGGUUAAACAAAAACCCGGAGUUUUCAGCUUUUUAAAUCCGCUUUCAAAAGAAAUUUGGGUUUCCGUUAUUUUUUCUUAUUUAGCCGUUUCCGUUGUUCUUUUCAUCGUGUCAAGAUUUUCUCCCUACGAAUGGAAAUUACUUCAUUGCGAAGAAGAAAGUCAAAGAAGUUAUCCCGUCGGUGGCGGGGGAGGUCACAGUCUUUCGACGACUGUCGCAAACGAUUUCAGUAUACUCAACAGCCUGUGGUUCGCAUUGGGUGCAUUCAUGCAACAAGGCUGUGACAUAACUCCAAGAUCCAUUUCCGGUAGGAUAGUCGGUUGCGUUUGGUGGUUUUUCACACUUAUACUAAUAUCAUCGUACACGGCUAAUUUAGCUGCCUUUUUAACCGUCGAAAGAAUGGUGACUCCCAUCAAUUCUCCGGAAGAUUUAGCAUCUCAAACGGAAGUCGAAUAUGGAACUCUAACGAACGGUUCGACGUGGGAAUUUUUUAGCAAAUCUCAAAUAACUUUGUUUAACAAAAUGUGGGAAUUUAUGAAUUCGAGAAAACACGUUUUUGUUAAAUCCUACGACGAAGGAAUAAGAAGAGUGAGAGAUUCAAAAGGAAAAUACGCUCUCUUGAUAGAAAGUCCGAAAAACGAUUAUACAAACGAGCGACAACCUUGUGACACGAUGAAAGUCGGAAGGAAUUUAGAUGCGAAAGGUUUCGGUAUUGCCACUGCCUUACAUUCGCCACUCAUGAAAGAAAUAAAUUUAGCCGUUCUCGAACUCAUUGAAAAUGGAGAAUUGACCAAGUUGAAAAAUCGUUGGUGGUCUUACAGAACGGAAUGCAAACAAAGCGACAAACAAGAUGCUCUAGGAAAUGAACUUUCCCUCAGUCACGUGGCCGGAAUAUUUUACAUUCUCAUUGGUGGAUUGAUACUGGCAAUGGCGGUCGCGCUUUUAGAAUUUUGCUAUAAAUCACACAUGGAAGCCAUGAGAGCCAAAAUACCUUUAACGGAUGCCAUGAAAGCUAAAGCAAGACUUACAAUCGGUGGCGGAAGAGAUUUCGACAACGGCAGAUAUUAUGCUCCGGCAGAAGUCGAUCAAGAUCAAGUGCAUUCAAACACUCACACGCAAGUUUGA